AGUUUCCUCUUAAAACAGCAACGGCGGCGGGCUCACGAGGUGGGCCCCGUCUCCGCGCUGCUCUCGGGCCGGCUCGCUAGGCGAGGCGAGGCUAGGCGCAGGGCAAACCCCGGCGCGAAGACCGGGUCUGUGACCCCCGCGCUAUGAGGGCGCGAGCGUCGGGCCGGCGGGGUGGGGGCGCGCUGCAGAGGGAGGCGCAGGCCGGGUCGCUCGGGGUCUCGGCCUGGCCCUCCCGGACCGUCCCUCGGCGAGGCCGGGAUCCCCAGGUCAGCAUGUCCCGCCCCGCAGGCCCCCAGCCCAUGCCCCAUGGCCUCAGCCCCCGCGGAGGAGGAGGAGGCGGCGCGCGGACGGCGGGAGCGGCGCCGGCGGCUGGACGCGCGGCGCAGCAAGUGCCGCAUCCGUCUGGGCGGCCGCAUGGAGCGCUGGUGCCACCUCAAGGAACGCCUGGGCUUCGCGCUGCACUCGCAGCUCGCCACGUUCCUGCUGGACCGGUACUUGUCCUCGGGCUGCACCUUCUGCGCAGGUCCUGAGCCUCUGUCCUCCAAGAGCCUGCAAUGCCUGGUGCUCCUGUGCCACGCGCACAGCCGGGAGUGCGGCCUGGCUCCCGAGCUCCGGGGGCCUGCGGGGCGCGGGGCGCUGCUGUGGGAGUGCUCGGCGGGCCACAGCUUCUCCUGGGAGCCCCCCCUGAGCCCUGUGCCUGUGGGGGCGCCCCAGCAGGCCUGGAGCAGUGAGCAGGAGCCCACAGCGGGAAAUGUGUCCUCCCGCACGCUGGUGGUGGAAGAAGAAAGGCAGCCCGGCUUAGUGGGGGAAUGUGUGAGGGGUUCAAGGCCAGGCUGGAAAACAUACCAAGACGUGUGUAAAAGAAGAAUGAAGGUUCCCCCGGCCUCCCGUGCUGGCCCCACCCCCCGGGGUCUGCAGCCAGAACGUGAUGGGGCCACUCCAGAAAUCGGGCUGCCUGGGGGUGUGGGACCCCAGCCGGAGACCUUCCCACCCCCAAGAGAGGAGGAAGAGGAGGAGGAGAUGCUAAGUGAUGCCAGCCCAUGGAGCUACAGCUCGUCCCCAGAUGGCAGUGAACCAGAUGUGUCUGGGCCACCCACAGCACCUGCCACCCACACACCUGAAGAGGCGAAGGCACCAGCGGCUUCCACUGCUGCAGAGCCAUCCCCAGUGGUGUCCCCAUUGCACCUGGGAGCACCUCCCAUCUCAGAAGCUGAGGUCCAGCUGCAGCCCAGGGGGACCCUGCAGGCCAAGCCUGUGGCCAGCCCCAGGAGGCAGGCCUUUUCCACUCCAACCUUGGCCCCAGAUGAGGACGCUGCACAGAUUGUGCCCAAGAGAAUCCGGAAAGCUGCCAAGAGAGAGCUGCUGCCCUGCGACUUCCCGGGCUGCGGCAGGAUCUUCUCCAAUCGGCAGUAUUUGAACCACCACAAGAAAUACCAGCACAUCCACCAGAAGUCCUUCUGCUGCCCAGAGCCAGCCUGUGGAAAGUCCUUCAACUUCAAGAAGCACCUGAAGGAGCACGUGAAGCUGCACAGUGACACCAGGGACUACAUCUGCGAGUUCUGCGCCCGCUCCUUCCGCACCAGCAGUAACCUGGUCAUCCACAGGCGUAUCCACACCGGGGAGAAGCCCCUGCAGUGUGAGAUAUGUGGCUUCACCUGCCGCCAGAAGGCCUCCCUGAACUGGCACCGGCGCAGGCACUCAGAGACCGCAGCAGCUCUGCGCUUCCCCUGCGAGUUCUGUGGCAAGCGUUUUGAAAAGCCAGACAGUGUAGCAGCUCACCGCAGUAAAAGCCACCCGGCCCUGCAGGUGUCCCUGGGCCCCACGGAGUCUUGUGCUGCUCUCUGCACCUCUGAAGCCCUGGGAUCCCAUGAGGGGUCUAGGCCCCUCCCUGCCCCACAGGCUCCAGCUUCACCAGGCCCACAGUCCUGUCCUCCUCUCUCCAGCAUGGCCCUGUGGCACCUGUCAGGGCGGUCACCUCAGUAGAUGAAAGUUCAUCAUUAGCAUGCAUGAAGACUACCGCAGGGAGAGCACAGAGCAGCACCCGUGGACAGCCCAAGUCUUGUGGCUGCAGAUGGGACCAAGAACAAAGAUUUGAGGGCAGCAGACCCACAGCAGCGGCCACUGGACAGCUCCUCACGCUCCCAGAGGGGAUGUGCUGGACCUUUGGGGUGAAGUGAGAGGGAAGCGGGGAAUCAAACUGAGCGAGGCAUGGGGCAUGGGUUCUGGCAAAACAUUUUUAGGGGACGUUCUCAAAUGUGAAACCCAGGGAGGACAAUGUCAUGGUCGCUCUGCCAGCCUCGCCUCACCUGUGAUGCUGUUGCACUCCUCUCUGUUUCUUUGUUAGAGACAAGCUUGCUGUGGCCCAGGCUGGCCUGGAGCUCGUGGCCUGCCAAGCUCAGCCUCAAGGGCUGGGAUGGCAAGGGAACACUGUGAGCCUGGCUGCCCUUGUCGCUUGGGGGGUGGCUGUGGGAUAUUUUAACCCCAAACAACUCAUGCAAAGAUGCUCUGGGAACCUGGCCAUGAUCCUAGCUGCCUGGGGCAUGGCAAAGGGUGAAGUAAGAUGGACAAUAGGAUGCACAAAGGGGGGCUGGGCGACUAGCACCUCAGGGUGGACAGAGACCUCCGGCUGGCCACUUUGGGGCACGUAUGCACACAUGGAGGGGCAGCGAGCAAGCGAGGGGGGAACAGCAGGGGCGCAGGCUGGGGCUGGUGAAGAACAAGGAUGCAGCAAGGCCUCACAAAGGAACACUUUUCUCCCAAGCAAAGCUCACUACUGUUUCUGCGUUGUUCUAAAAAUCCUUGUCAUCCUGCCUCCGCAGGUGUGGUCUUGUCUGCUGAAGCCAAGGCGAGGGGCCUUGAAGGCUGCCUCAUCCGUGGCUGGGAGAAAGUGGGAUUUUCCACUUUCCAGCCAGCCCACAAGGCAAGGCAAUUGUAACUUGUGGUCCCUGACUAUGCGUUUUGUUUCACAUUUGCCACCCACUGCUGCUGCUGCUGCUGGCAAUCAGAUCUGAGUUAUCAUACCAGCUAGGCAACUGCUGUGUGGUUCAGCAUUCACCCCAGCCCUUUUCAUUUGGAGGGCAAAUUACCCCUGGAGAGCAAGCCACCCACUUGAGAGCGUCCUGCCUCAGCCUACCCUUCCUAGGAGCUUUGGUUUGUGUGUACCUUCAGAGUAGGUAUCCUGGAUCCUGGAGGGAGCUUUUCACCCAAUUACCUGGCUUGGCUGCUGAUUCCAGCUGCCCACCGUCCAAAGGGCUGUUUGUCCAGGAACAGAGUCCCUAGAGACCCAGUGGCCGAUACCAGAUUUGGAAGGCAGCAGCGCUAGCACCCAGUGAGCCUGCCUCCCGCGGCGUCCAGGGAGCGCACCUUUGGGCAGCCCAUGUUGUUGGAGCCCAGCCACUCCCCAGCCCAUGGCCAGGGAGGUGAGACAGCCACAGAACACCAGUGUGUGCGCGUAGAGGGCUGCAGCCAAAGUGCCCCUUCUGUUCCUUCUAGAGUGCAGGGUGCAGGUCUAGUGCCCAGAGCGGCUCCCGGCCCCACAGUGGCCCUGCUAGCCUCUGCCACAGCCCGCAUGGCGCUCAGCAGGAGCUCAGGGUGCACGUUCUGUGUCCAAACCUGAAAGACUACUGUGUCCGGAGAGAUCCACUUCUAGACCGGUCCUUGCAUCACCCCUCUGAGCAUAGGUCCAAGGCCACCAGUUUUCUUUCACUUUAUGUAGAAGAGAACAUACAGGGAGCCUAGGAAAAGGGAAAGGGGUGAUUACGUGGAGUUGAAUAGAGUACUUGAGUGGCCUUCGAGCAUUUGCCAUUUACAAGUUAGUAUCCAUGUAAGUACUAGAAGUGCAUUCUGAGAUCAGCUCUUGGGAAAUCCUUUCCCGAUUCAAGAUAAACUUGUGUACUUCGCAGAUCACUUUAUUGCGUUGUGUCUCAGAUGUCACAGGUAUUUCACACCAGUUCUAACUAGAAAGUGAGUCAGGAAGGCUACAAGUCAGGGUUCAGAUUGCUAACAGCCCACCCACGCUGAGGGAUUUUCCUGAGUUGCUCCAGGCGCAGUAGGGUUUCUUCCUUGGGUACCUGCUGCACCAUGCCAAUGCCUCCUGGGUGAGAGGAAAGGCCGGGAUAUCAGGAUUUGCAGGCAGCAGGCGACAUCUCACCAUUCCUGCCUUGAAGCUGGAGUUGGGUGUCAGUUGGGCUGCAAGCAAGCAAAGUUGAGAGGACCCAGUAGGGCUGGGCUAGCAGCCACCAGGAAAGACUACCUGUGGAGCUACUGCACACCUCGUGCACCACACCUGACGCUGGUCAGGGUCUAAAUGACGGCUUGUUGGGUAUACUGUGUUAAAUAAAGGCCUAU